CGGGAUAAGGUUAAGAUUGCGCCGGAUGGGGCUAUCGCCCAUCAGAGGUUCUCCCCCCCUGCCGUUCCUUGCCGCUCAGGGCGGGGUCAAGCUCUAGCCCACGCUUUCCCCCCAUCAUCUCCUAACCUUGCCUACUACUAGCUCGGUUUAAUGCCUUGAACGGGUUACUAUGGUCAAUAUGGAAAACCCCGACGUCGAAUGGGAACUCGAAGAGGGAAUCCCCCAGGUCAACGAUCCCUUCAUCCAGCAGUACCUCAAGGGUCGGAGCUCUCUCAUCGAAGAAGAGCAGAAGCAGCGUCAUGGUGGGAACCUCCCCCUGCUCGGAUUUGCCCUUCGGAUUGGGUUCAAGCACCCGCACCACGUCCUCUCCCUGAACUAACUCCUUCGGUCCAGACUUUACCCUUCGAAAGUCCUUAUCGCCCAUAGCUAAGACAGCAUGCAAGAUCCUGUCCAAGAUCCGCGACCGGGAAUUGAUGCCCACAGGGUCCGCACUGUCGGACCCUCAUACUAGCCAUGCGUCGUCGGAAGAAGCUCUACAUCGCGGCGGUAGGUUGCACAACGCCAUGGAUCGGAUGGAGACAACCGAGCUCUGGAAGAUUCUGCAAAGAUUGCCGAAGGGCUCCUUCCUACAUGCGCAUUUGAAUCUCAUGUUUGAUGCCGAAUUUCUCGUCAACCAGGCUCUCGCGACGGAGGGCAUCCACAUAGUCGCGCCCGAGACGCUCUCAACCCAAUCACGCCGCGACGAAAUUCCUUUCACUCUCCGUCAUAUCCCCAACUCGGCGGGCGGGUCAGGAAAUGGAGCAGCCCUAUGGACUUCGUCGGGGAAUUCGCAUCCCCCUGCGCCCGUCGGCCUACAAUCGGCGGCCUCUUCAUUCCCGGACGGUGAAGGAGGAUUCCGUGACUGGUUGAUGAGUCGCUGCGUGCCGCUACGCGAGCGCUCCGUUUACUCCCAUGACGAGUCUGGACCUGCUGCAGUCUGGGAUGCCUAUCGUCGCUCGACGUCCGUUAUUUCCUCGCUCCUUGCCUACGAGCCUGUUUUGCGCGCGGGCCUACGACGCCUGUUUGCCAAAUUGGCCGCCGACAAGGUUCGGUAUGCGGAACUACGGACUGAAUUUUCCCAUCAUUUUUACAGGACAGGGCACAGCGAACCCGAAGAGGGGUUUUCCGAAUGGUGUAGAGUGUUUCAGGAAGAGCUUACGAGAUUCAAAUCUACGGAGGAAGGGCAAUCAUUCCAUGGUGCUCGCGUGAUAUGGACAGCUACGGACGUCUCAUCCAACAAAGACUUGGCAGAGAGCAUGAUGAAUUGCAUCAUAGCCAAGCAGGAUUUCCCGGACGUGAUCUGCGGGUUUGAUUUGGGAGGACAAGAAGGCCCGAAGGGACAGCUUGUGGAUUUCGUCCCAAUGAUGUUUUGGUUCCGAAAGUUGUGUCUUGAGGAAGGAGUAGACAUACCCUUCUUUUUCCACGCAUCAGAAUGCGAUACACAUGGGGAGAAUCCCAGCCACAACCUUUUUGACGCCAUCCUGCUGGGAAGCCGGAGAAUAGGGGACGGGGUAUCACUCUAUGAACAUCCUAUGCUCAUCGAGUUGAUCAAGGAGAAGAAGCUCUUGGUUGAGCGCUGCCCUAUCUCCAACGGACGCCAUCAUCUGGCAGAUCCGAUCGGGUCCAAUUCCCUUCGCUUUCUCUUGUCCCGUGGAAUUCCCGUUUCGCUCGGCAGCGACCCCCAGGCCGUCCUCGGACACGGCUGGAAUGGAUUGACACCGGAGAUUUGGCGGGCGCUCCAGGGCCCUGAACGUCUGGGGAUCACAGACAUUGCCAUCCUGAUCGAGAAUUCCGUCCGGUGGAGCAGCUAUGAAGAUCAGCCGACAGCAGGGUGGCUGACGGGAAUUCGCGAGGGGGUUCUGGGCGAAGGGGUAAAAGCAUCCCGGUUGCAGGAGUGGUAUGCGGACUUCGAGAAGUUCUGCGAGUGGGUGGCGCUUGAAUAUGCGGAAGUUGAUAUUGAUGAUUGAAUAUUAAGUACUGAGUACUGAUGAUAGUAUAUUUCCACGAGGAUAGCCAUAAUAAUAAACCAGGUGUAUAAUGCAGAAUGCAAUGAAGCCAGUGUUGUGCUGCUGGAGGUCGAUCCAGGGUGGGAAUUUUCUUAUGCCUAUUCGCGAUGCAGUGCAUAAUUACUCAUCCACUUGCAUAGUGCCCCUUCAGCCAGUUAGUCCCAUGAUUUUGGGUCUGGAAUCUGAGCAUCACAAGGACCCGGAGAGAGGAAGCCUGCUUGAGCAUGUCUCCUCCUGAACGCAGCGAGGCACAGCACGUCAUGCACUCUUACUAAGCGACGGGGACGAAGGUAUCACGAGACCGCCAAGUCCCUUGUUCUUCACCGGAACAAAGCAGCAUCUUUGGGUGAAAAGCACUGAAUAUAGGAAGUCGCCAAAUCUCAAGCCGACUCGAGCAUUUAUACUCCAUGUCAAAUGGACUGAGUGAUGACUGCGUCAAUCCAGACGAUCAAUCUGCGCUGACACCAUACGUGUUUAGCCAUAGCCCCAACCGUGGUUGACGUUGCCGACCUAGAACGUGUGGACUAGGAACAUCAUAGACCGAGGAGGAAUUUCUUGGUUAACACCUCUACCGUGUACACCUCUCUG